GACAUCGUCUACAACCCUAACUUGUCAGAGAUCAAUGGUAAUUCUCACAAAAGUAAACACUCUUUCAAAUGUGACAGUUGUGGUAAAGAUUUUAAGCACAAGUCAUCAUUGUAUAAACAUGCAAGAAUUCACACAGAUGAGAAGCCGUAUAUCUGCACAACAUGUGGGAAAAGUUUUAUUAGCAUGUCAUCACAGAAAAUGCAUCAGAGAAUUCAUACAGGUGAGAAGCCGUAUACAUGUACGACAUGUGGGAAAGCGUUUAGGCUCCAGUCAGCAUUGCAUAAUCACACGAAACUACACACAGGUGAGAAGCCGUAUAUCUGCACAACAUGUGGGAAAGGUUUCAUUAGCAUGUCAUCAUGGAAAAUGCAUGAGAGAAUUCACACAGGUGAAAAACCGUAUAUAUGUACAACAUGUGGGAAAGCUUUUAACCUCCAGUCAACAUUGCAUAAUCACACAAAACUACACACAGGUGAGAGGCCACAUAUCUGCACAACAUGUGGGAAAGGUUUCAUACAGAUGAUCCAUUUGAAAGUCCACAUUAGAAGCGCUCACACUGGUGAGAGGCCGUACCUUUGCAACACCUGCGGGAAAAGUUUCACUGACGUGUCAGCAUUCAGAGUGCAUGAGAGAAUUCACACAGGUGAGAAGCCGCAUAUUUGUACAACAUGUGGGAAAGCUUUCAUGAGGAGCGGUGCUUUAAAAAUCCAUAUUCAAGGCACCCACACAGGCGAGAGGCCACACCUUUGCAAAAUCUGCGGGAAAGGAUUCACUUUUCUGUCACAUUUGAAAUGCCAUAUGGUAACACACACAGGUGAGACGCGGUACAGCUGCAACAUGUGUGAGAAAAGAUACUACCUUAUGUCUGACUUAAAAAAGCACAUGAAAGUUCAUAUACGUCAGUAGCCGUUAACUGGCAAAACAUGGGCACUUUC